AUGGAGCGCGCGACUUUUUUAAACUACUCCUGGAUCGAUUUCGCCUUCUCCGUGAUAGGGGUCUGUACGUUUCUAGUGGACUGGGGCUCGGAUAUAUGGGUGGCCACCGAGUUUUACAGCCGAGGGGACUUUUUCUGGUUCGGGGUGCUGGUUGGCCUCAUGGUACUGUCGUCUGUCGUGGUCCAGAUGUUUAGCUGGUACUGGCUCAAGUAUGACCGAGAGCUGCCGGGGUUCAGUGCAAUGACCGGAGGAGUUACCGUGCUGUUUGGGGACCGAGUGAAGCUGUCCUGCCUGAUACACGUCCUUCAGCUGGGUUUCCUUUGCAGGUACACCAAAAUAAUGAUUCAGAAAUUGCAGAUAUAAGAAGUCUGGUAUUGUUUGUGACACAGGAGCUAAGACAUGGGGUGAAAAUUCUUGGAAAGUUUCUCAGUAGGGGAGAGUGGGGUAAGUUGAGCCACCCCCUGUUGCUUGGAGAUGGUAAAAGAAAUUGAACAUGUGACCAAAUAUUUAGGAGAUGGGCAUCCAUUCAUGGAGUCUGUGAAGGUUAGAAGCACAUGGGUGAAGGGGUUAGACGUUUAUUUACAAAAUAAAACAUUUUUCUUUCUUGAAAGUGAAUUUAGUCUGUCAUAAGUUUUAUUAGAAUUGUGUUCAGACCAAAAAAGAUCAUUUUAAAUUUGUUUUUUACAUCAAUUGAGGUUUCUUUGAGCUACAACAUGAGGUCAAAAACAUAUAACAUAAAAGUCCACCAUUUUAGCUAAGAGGACUUUCACUCUUGCUUGUUUGUCCAUAAGUUCAUUAACAGGAAACAAGACCUUCCUGACUCCUUCAGAAACUGUUUUACCUUUUCAUCCGUCCUUCACCCGUACUCAACAAGACAAAAUGGCCAUCUUCAGUUACCUUUAUGUCGCACUCGAAGAAGUGACUGUUAUUUAGGAAGAGAGAAGGUGAAGGAGGUCUGGGGUGGAGAGUGGUGGGGUAGUAGGGAAACGGCUCAACUUACCCCGCUCCUAUGGUCAACUUACCCCAUACUCAGGGUAAGUUGACCAUAGGAGACCCCUUUUUUUGGCAUGCUAUAUUAAGACAGUUCUGUUUACACUCAUUCUGUUGAUUUGCAGGGAUGAAAGAAGCUCCAUGAAACAUUCAGCCUAUGCAUAACAACAUUUGACAAAAGAUGAAAUUUCUAGUUUUGCAUGCAUCAGAAAGACAGCACAGCAACUAACUAAAUUAAAAAAAACAGGUAGUAAAGGGGAGAUAAUACAGUAAAUCAAGCAAAUAGAAAAAUAAAAAGUAAAAAGACAGGAUAGCAAAGACUGGUGUUAAAGAUUUAGUUUCAUAAAAAAGGGAAGUUUUGCACAAUUUGAGCAACUUCUUAAAAUGAAACGCCAAUAGACAUGAAGAAAUGCACACACACACACCUCUGCUGCAUAUUUGCAAAGUAACUCGUUCUCCCUGCAAAGUCAUAUUUGUCAUCAAGCAGUAAAUCACACAUGACAGCGGCAGUAACCAAAUAUGUGAGUUCCACCUUUUAGAACUGGUAAAUCCAGAGCAGACCUGCAGAUGCAUGAAUAAUCAGCUAAUGAGGCAUUAACAGCUCAGGAUAUGGUUGAGUCGGUGCAUGUCCCCACCCUUCAACGACUCUGGUCAGGUGUAUUGUUUGGCUCUGGGUAUCUGACGGUCAGCUUGUCUCUCACCCACGCAGGCACAUCUCCGCCAUACGGCAAGGCUUCAGGGUUUGGUGGCGGAAAGAGGAAGGCUCAGAGUACGCCGUUUACCUGACACAUGACCUCAGUAUGCUGCGGCUUAUUGAGACGUUCUGUGAGAGCGCUCCUCAGCUCACCCUGAUGAUCUACGUCAUGCUGCGCACAAACAAGGCCAGGACUGUUCAGUGUAAGUAUCAUCGUUUGAUAAAAGUAAAGCUUUGAAAUUCUAGCAUGUGAAUCAAAUUUAGGGUUGUGGUAGAUAUGUGUUGUGUUCACUUCCUCUCGGUGGCCACACUAAUGGUUGAAUUUCCGUUUUUGCAGUCGUGAGCAUUGCUGCAUCAACCACUUCCAUAGCCUGGAUGGUGGUAGAUUACCACCGCUCGCUGCGCUCCUUCCUCCCCGAUAAGGCGAAGCAGGGCUGGUGUUCCUCUCUGAUCUACUUCUUGUGGAACCUGCUGCUCAUCGCCCCACGUGUCGCGGCCCUCGCCCUUUUCGCCUCUGUCCUGCCCGUUUACAUCGCCGUCCACUUUCUCCUGCUGUGGAUCGUCUUCGUGUUGUGGGCGUGGCGACAAAGGACAGACUUCAUGGACAGUGCCAGCGGUGAAUGGCUCUACCGGGCCACUGUGGGGCUCAUCUGGUACUUCAGCUGGUUUAACGUCGCAGAGGGUCGGACCAGAGCCAGGAGCAUCAUCUACCACACCUUCAUCACCACUGACGGGGUGAUCCUGCUGGUGACUUGGUGGUGCUACAGGGACCCUGUGCAGACUGAGUCGUACGACCUCGCUCUCUUCAUCGCUUUGCCUUUCACCUACCUCCUCGGGCUGCUCUUCAAAACCCUCUACUACUGCUGCUUCCACCCCAAGCUGUGGAGGCCCCCCAUGAGGGACCCAGGGCUGCCCGACGAUCUGCCCGACGCAGAAGUGACCUUUAAAAACAUUUCCAUCCAGGACGGCGCCAUGUCCUCACUGCUCCUCAACAAAAGGAUGGCCUGCCAUGCUUCGAAUUUUUACACAAAGCACGGAGUCUUUAGGAAAACGGAUAGAGAAGAGUCUACACGUCUCUGA